UAAAAAAAAAAAAGUGAUGAGGGAGAGAUUUGAUGCAAUAGCAAAAGAUAGGAACAAUUUCCAGUUGGUAGAACAAGGUCCUUCAGAGACUGUGACUAGGGAUAGGGACCAAACUUUCUCACUUAUACAUGAAGAAGAGAUUUUUGGGAGAAAAGAUGAUAAGGAGAUCCUCAUAGAUCUACUAUUGGACUCUAAAGUGGAAGAGAAUGUCUCGUUUCUAUCCAUAGUGGGAAUUUGAGGGAUGGGGAAGACCACACUUGCUCUGUAUGUAUACAAUGACAAGAGAGUAUUGGGUUAUUUUGACUUGAAGAUGUGGGUGUGUGUCUCUGAUGUCUUUGAUGUGAAAAAAAUUACUGAAAAGAUAAUUGAAUCUGCCACUGGUAAGAAACCCGAAAACCUUGAAAUGGAUAAUUUGCAAAAUAAACUUUGUGAAGAACUCAGCCAAAAGAAGUACUUACUUGUGUUGGAUGAUGUGUGGAAUGAGGAUGAGGAAAAGUGGUGUAAGUUGAAAAGAAUUUUAAUGAGUGGCUCAAAGGGAAGUAAAGUGGUAAUAACUACACGGACUAAAUUGAUUGCAAAGAUUACUAGCACAAUCUCACCGUACUAUCUACAGGGCUUGUCAGAAAAGCAGUCUUGGUCUUUAUUUAAGCAAAUGACAUUUACAAAUGGGGAAGAGACGAGUAAACCUAACCUUGAAGCAAUUGGAAUGGACAUUGUACGAAAAUGUUGCGGAGUGCCUCUUGCUAUAAAGGCAAUAGGAAGAAUAUUAUACUUUAAAGAGACAGAGGAUGAAUGGUUAUAUAUCAAGGAUAGAGAACUUACAAAUGUAACUCGAGGAAAAUAA